AUGGCUUUGAGGAAUGGUGCAUCACGCCAGGCGAAUGUUCCUGAAGCUCCGCCCUCUACUGGCACGUCGGAACCAAACAGAUCCAUUAAAUCUGUCUGCUCGGAUAGAUUCAGUCUUGUCAAUGGCUUGCCAAUAGCUUUCGCAAGAGCGGUCACGAGCGUAGUUUUACCCACACCAGGAUUUCCUUCCAAUAAGAUUGGUUUCGGUAAUUGGAGUGCGCGUACGACUCGCAUCGCGUUGGACUGUGUAGUUGGAGCUUCAAGCGCAAAGGUAGAUGCUUGCGACGAUGCUAAUGAGAACUUUGGAAUAGAGAAGGCACCUAGUUGGAAGAUUUCGUCCGUGUUCACGAUGUCAAUAGGACCGUAG